UAUUGUAUUAUUGAAGGCAAAUACGAGUCUUUCUUUUUCUCUUUAUAUAUAUAUAUAUAUAUAUCUCUUCUUUUUUUUCUUUUUUUUUAUACGAUAAUAACGAAACAAUAACGACUUUGUGAAUAUAUAAUGAGCACAUCUUCAAAUACCAAAGACAACAACCGAAUUAUCCCCUUGACCUGUUCAGGUCAUACGCGUCCUGUUGUCGAUAUUCAAUUCUCGCCUGUUACGCCUGAUGGCAACUAUUACUUAAUAUCUGCUUGCAAAGACGGUAACCCUAUGCUUCGUGAUGGUGCUACAGGGGAUUGGAUAGGCACUUUUCAAGGCCACAAAGGCGCUGUUUGGAGUGCUCGAUUAUCCAGAGAUUCAGAAAGAGCAGUAACAGGAUCGGCUGAUUUUAGUGCCAAAGUAUGGGAUACACGUCAAGGUCAAGUUCUUCAUUCCUUUGUCCAUGAUCAUAUUGUACGUGCAGCCGACUUUAAUGCAGACAACACCAAGAUUUUGACAGGUGGCAAAGAACAAAAAUUACGUAUUUUUGAUCUCUAUCGACCAGAUGCACCUGCCAUGGAAUUAUUGGGUCAUGAAGGCACGAUCAAGGCAGUUGUAUGGGAUGAAAGCCGUCAUGCUGUCUUGAGUGCUGGUGAAGAUGCUACAGUGCGUAUUUGGGACUUGCGUACCAUGCGUCAAAGUGGUACAAUUCAGACAUGUUCAGAUGCUAUUUCUACCAUGACACUCUCUGCUGAUGGUCAAUAUUUAACCUGGGCAGCUGGAAAGACAGCCAACUUUUGGCAACCAGACAGUCCAGUGGAAGAUGUGAAGACCAUUGUCACUCAAGAAAAGACAUCGUCUAUUUCCCUUCACCCAAAUCAUGAGAAAUUCGUGGCUGGUAGUGACGAGGAUUUAUGGGUCAGAAUUUAUGAUUUUCAUACAGGCGAUGUGUCAGAGGUCUAUAAGGGUCACCAUGGCCCUAUUCAUACCGUGAGUUAUAGUCCUGAUGGUGAAAUCUAUGCAACUGGUUCAGAGGACGGCACAAUUCGAUUAUGGCAAACAGACCCUACUAAACCUUAUGGCUUAUGGCAGAGAAAUCAAGCCGAAAUUGGCGCUUGAUAACGUAUAUUAAUAAAGCUUUGUUUUGGGUAUAAUACCAUGAUUGCAUAAAAAAAAAA